UACAGAACCGAGGACAGAACAGCAGACAACUGGCUGACAGAAGAGUAGAAGAUGAGCUCAAAGAUGAGCAAAUCUGGCUUAAUCAUGAUGAAGCCCCUGCAACUCCCUGCAAUAAACCUUCGAAGGAAAAGUAAAGGUGAAUCAGACACUCAUGACAAUAACUCUACCACGGGUGAACAGAAAUCUGAGGAGUCCCCAGCAGAGGAGAAACACAAACCUAAGCUAAAAAUUCCAGGCAUAUUAAAAAAAAAAAAAAAAAAGCAAAAGCAAAAGGACACUCCAGAUAUCCCAGUAAUCUUGGAUUUCAACCAGAAUCUGGCACAGAAUCAUUUGUCAGAAGCUAGCCAGCAACUUACAGCAGAGGAAGAGCGCCUCUUCAUCCCCCAGUCAUCAGAUGCAGAAGUGAUUUGCACUGAGGAUGAGGAGAACAGAUUGGAGGAGGACUUUGAAGCCUUGCUGCUUCAUCUAAGGAUGGCUGUCAAUGAUUCCUUUAAGAAGGAGAAUCAGGAGAAACUGAAAAGUGCUGUACAGGUUAUAGAUCAGCAGGAGGAACGAGACAAGCACUGGGAGGAAGCAGCAGAAGAGAAUCGUCCAUGCUGGAGGCCACUAAAAUGCAGAGAGAUCCAUGACACGUUGCUCAAGGAGUUAGUCGAGGUACGGCUGCAGCAAGCAAACAAAGAAGAGAAUUGGGGAGACGAUCUGUCCACCUCCUUGAAGAGAGAAGUGUGUCGGAUGGGCAAGCGCAUUCAAAAGGACCUGCUCCAAGUUGUCCAGGAUGUGCAGCAGUGUUACACAUCAGACUUUGACAUUUGCAACGUGUAUGCACAGCUCUACCAUCAAGCGUUCUCCGCAAAACUGACCGAAUACGCUCGAACAAACAUAGAGAUACAAGACUGCACCUAUAUACUAUGCUGGAUUCAUGUUUACUAUCCAAAGGAUAUUUUAAAACACAAUAAACUGGAACCACACAUCAACAGUGAAUCAUUAGGAGCUUUGAUACUUGAGGAAGAUCGUAAGGCACUGGAGGAGCAGUAUCUGUCACACAAAGAGCUGGAGGUCAGGAAAUGGUUGUCCAAUGCUCAUAAAAAAGAGGAGGAAAUUUGGCAGACGUGUAACAAACCUGAGCUCAUUGAUGGGUGCUACUUCUCCAACCUUGCUUUGGAUGUUAUACCGAUUAUUAAUGGAUCCGUGAAAGAAACCGUGGAUAUUCUGGGUAACACGGAUAAUGCUCAAAGAAUUCUGAUUCAGCUGGAAAGCUUCCUAUUGAGCUAUAAGAAAUCCUUAGCUGAUCUUUUCAAAGCAAAGCACACCAGUCUCUCGGAAAUACUGAAAGCCAGUCUGGUUACCAUCAAGCAGUUACGGGAGUAUAUCGAGAAACAAGAAAAUCUCUCAGAUGAACUGAAAGGAUCCUUGCUGUCCAUUGUCUCCGAGAUGAGAAACUCCUGUCACAGUUAUUUACUCAGUCCCAUACACAAGAAGCUCAAGGAACAGUAUAAAAAGCUGUGGACUCCAGCCUGGUUUUCCGAAAGUCAAACGAUUGUUGGAGACCUGCUAAGCAUUCUGGAGGAAGAGAUCCAGGAUUUCUCAGACAUACAGUCUGGAUGCAUGAGGGAGCUGUUGAAUCAGCUGCAUUCUGAAGUGAUGACAGAAUACGUGAGGAGGAUGUUUAAGGGGAAACUGAAACUAAAAGACAAGGAUGACCAGGAGGCAGCUGCAAACUUUCUAUGUGAGGACAGUGUGAGAAUAAACUCACAGUUCAUAAAAAUCGGAUCUGAAGAGAAAUGGCUUUCCAGCAUUUUACCCAAAAUGUCAGAAGUGGUAAGGCUGCAGGACCCAGGAGCACUUCAGCUUGAGAUAAUUAUGCUGGCAAGAACCUACUCUGACAUCAGUGAAUACCAAGUCAUUGCACUCCUGGACCUGAAGGCAAACCUCUCCAAAGCAGAUGUGCGUAGCAUCAAAAAGAGCCUGACUGAAAACAGGGAAACAGGGGAUGUUGAGCCUACAACAGCUUUCUUCAGUAACGUUUGUGUAAAAAGGAAGUUAAUGCCUGUGUUUUAAUUAAUGAGGAGUUCAAAUCAGUGUUAGUGCAAAUUAUCAUCUAUUAGCCCUGCUACAGUAUAGGCAAUGAUAGCCUUACUAACCUUUUUGUGCAAGAGACAAUUUUUUAAAAAUGUGAAACAUGAGAAUGUAGUCAUAAAACAUUUCAUGUCUGCUGUUGUAUAUAACUUUUCCAUUUUUCAGUCAUGUUCAUGUCUAUAAUUAUAUUUUAGUUGAAUUUACAUGCCUGUAUAUAAGUAUGCCAUGUUGCAUAUUUUGUUCUUAAUGUUGGGUCUGCAUUAAGAUCACCAGUGUAUUAAUAAUAAUUCUCUUUUUUUUGUACCUUAUCCGCAGUGUAUGUGAUAUCAAUCAAUCUACUACAACUAUAGUCAAAGCUGAGUAGGCUUGUGAGGCUUAGCAAAGUGAUAAAUCAUGAGAUUUUCUCGCCAAGAAGCAGUUGCUUUUCCAUUACAGCAUACACCUGAGAGCGCCAAAAAAAAUUUUAUUAAUUAAAAAAGAAAUUAAUUGUAAGCUAUCUUUUUGCGAGCAUCAAUCAGUGGGGUUAAGCAUUUAAUGCUGGAGGCAUAUCAGUAAUAUACUAUUAUCCUGUUCAAACCUGCUGAGAAUGCUCUCCUGUAAAUAGGUGUGAAUGAGUAUGGAAAUAAUGUAAGUCAUACAUAUUCAUUACUGAUGUAGAGCUUUUAAUGUAUUGUGCAAUAAAUAAAUAAUACUUCUUA